UUCCCAGCGCUACUUCAGGGACUGGGGACCUGCCCUCAGGCCACUUGUCAGGCACCGGGCUCCCUCUCUGCACCGCACACGGUCUCAGGAUGGACUCGUACCUGAUCCAAACGAACGGCAGCGGCGACGUCCACGUGCACAAAACCGGGGCCAGCCUCUUCCUGGGGAAGGCGAAAGGCCGGAAGCCUAGAUGGGCAGUCCGGGCCUCGGAGAUGUCCAAGAAGACUUUCAAUCCCAUCCGCGCCAUCGUGGACUCUAUGAAAGUGGAGCCCAACCCCAACAAGCCCAUGAUCUCCUUGUCCCUGGGUGACCCGACGGUAUUUGGAAACCUGCCCACGGAUGACGAGGUCACCCAGGCUGUGAAGGAGGCCCUGGACUCGGGGCGCUACAACGGCUACGCCCCCUCUGUCGGGUACCAGUCUUGCCGGCAGGUGGUGGCUGCGCAUUACAGCUGCCCAGAAGCACCUCUGGAAGCUCAGGACGUUAUCCUGACGAGCGGCUGCAGCCAGGCUAUUGAACUGGUCCUAGCUGUGCUGGCUAACCCAGGGCAGAACAUCCUGGUGCCACGACCUGGCUUCUCUCUCUACAAGACCCUGGCGCUCUCCUUGGGGAUUGAGGUCAAAUUCUACAACCUCUUGCCCGAGAGAGCCUGGGAGAUCGACCUGAAGCACUUGGAGUCGCUGGUGGAUGAGAAGACGGCCUGUCUCAUCGUGAACAACCCCUCGAACCCCUGCGGCUCCGUGUUCAGCAAGAGCCAUCUCCAGAAGAUCCUGGCUGUGGCCUCGAGACAGUGUGUCCCCAUCCUAGCUGACGAGAUCUAUGGAGACAUGGUGUUUGCAGAGGGCAAGUACAAGCCCAUCGCAGCGCUCAGCACCAACGUGCCGAUCCUGUCCUGCGGAGGCCUGGCCAAGCGAUGGCUGGUGCCAGGCUGGAGGAUGGGCUGGAUCCUUGUCCAUGAUCGGAGAGACAUCUUUGGGAACGAGAUCCGGGACGGCCUUGUAAGGCUGAGCCAAAGGAUCCUGGGCCCCUGCACAAUUGUCCAGGGGGCACUAGAACACAUCAUGCGCCGAACGCCCCCAGAGUUUUAUCACAACACCCUCAGCUUCCUCAAGUCCAACGCUGACCUUUGCUAUGCUGCCCUGUCUGCUGUCUGUGGGCUCCAGCCCGUCCGGCCCGCGGGGGCCAUGUACCUCAUGGUUGGGAUUGAAAUGGAGCAUUUCCCCGAGUUCGAGAACGAUGUGGAGUUCACUGAACAGCUGAUCUCAGAAGAGUCUGUCCUCUGCCUGCCUGCCACAUGCUUUGAGUACCCCAACUACUUCCGGGUGGUGCUCACGGUGCCCGAGGCGCUGAUGGUGGAGGCCUGCAGUCGCAUCCAGGAGUUCUGUGAGAGGCACUACCAGGGCAGCGAGGGGGCCCAGGACCUGGAGUGUGACAAGUAGC